AUGGAGCGAGCACCAGCUAUCCGCUUUAAGCGUCGGGAGGGAUCUAGGUACUUAACCUACACUCCCUACUGGGGAAGUCAUUCACGUAUGUGCCGACACCUUGAGACCCAUUCAUACCCAAAUCAUCUAGUGAAGGCCGUAGCUAGGGAAAGGGAUGAUCUCCUUGAGCGUGUGGAACAAGUUGUUGUGGUACGCCGCCAUCAGUUGGAGCGGAUGCAGGAAAUGGAGUUGCGUGCCCGACAUGCUGAGGAUAGGGAAUGGGAUGCUCAUGCUAAGGCGGAGGAGCAGAUUGAACGCAAAAAUCAGGAGCUCGACCAGUUGCGCACAGAGCUGCAAUUAGCACAUGCAGAAAUACAAUCCGCACGUGUUGAGUUUCAGCACUAUAGAGAGAGUGUGCUUGCAUUUGCCGAUACCCUUCUCCAAGCUUCUCAUAGUCACGUGGAGGCCAUCGAGGGUUCUGAAGCGAUGGUUGAGUGA